AUGCUUCCUACAUCUUUCGUCAAUGACUGGAGACAACAACUUGGUGAUACAAUACAAAUAACUGCAUAUGAUGGCAUAAUUGUCACCAUCAAAUUAGAAAGAGUCAAUGGAAAAAUAUAUCUAGUCGAUGGAUGGGAACAAUUUUUCGACCAUCAUAAUUUUCAGGAUGGUUAUAUUCUAGUAUUCGAAUAUAACGGUAAUUCUACACUAAACAUGACUGUAUUUGACCAUUCUGGGGUUAUAUACGACUCUGAUGAAGAAAGCCAAGAAGGAAACACUUCAGAUAAUCCCAUAAUUGAAAUAAUACUAACACCUCGUCUUAACAGCCAUCG